AGCAGUGAGACGGCAUAAUGUUAAAGAGCACGUUUCAGCCUGCUCUUUCGGCCGGAAUAAUAAAAAGAUGUUUAACAUCUUCGGCCAGAAUAUACCAGCAAUCUUCCAAAUCACAAGGAAUACCAAAGGCUACAGAGAUAGAGCCAGAAACCAACCGCAAGGUUCAGCAGCAUUUGGAAUUCCUCAAGAAAUACUACACACCAGAAUUGUUACAGAGCAUUCAGAUCUCUGAGUCGUUAAUUGAUCCUAGAGACGUGUUGGAGUUGAAAAAGAAGGGAUUCAGAGCUAAAUCUAAAGUAGCACCAGGAGAUGCAUUGUCAGACUAUUCCAAGACAGAUCCUGUCUGGGAAGAACCCAUUAUAUAUCCAAACCAAGGUGAAGGUCGUACUCCAUACCCCAAGAUCCCAGAUAUUCAAGGUCCAGACAGAACUGACUUGAAGCUUCGUUUCAAGGAUGAGAACACUCUCAAGAGAAAAGAAACAGCAGCCACAUCCACAAGAAAAAUCGCUGAAGAGUUGGCGAAGUUGACCGGUUUGGAUGCUGGAUACAUCAGAGGGUUGUAUGUGCGUCCUAUCAUAAUGAAGAGAGUGUCAUUGAAGACAUCCAAGGGAAACAUCCCCAAUUUCUUUGUGUUAACUGUAGUAGGAGACAGAAACGGUACCAUUGGCUUAGGUAUUGGUAAAUCCAGAGACGGUAUCAGAACAGCUGCUGUCAAAGCCCACUGGAAUGCUGUCAAGAACUUAACACCUAUCCCCAGAUACGAAGAAAGAACCAUUCUUGGAGACUUUGAAUACAAAUACCAUGCUGUCAAGUUGUUCAUGAGAUCUGCUCCUGCAGGUUUUGGCUUAAGAGUCAACAGAAACAUUUUUGAAAUCUGCCAAGCUGCUGGUAUCAAGGACUUGAGAGGUAAAGUGUACAAAUCGAGAAACCCAUUGUUGGUUUGUCAGGGUUUUGUAGAAGCCUUGACUAAGCAGAGGUCCAUUGAAGACUUGGCUGCCUCCAGAGGUAAGAAGAUUGUCGACUUGAGAAAGGUUUACUACUCCCAUUAGAACAUAGCACGCAUAACUGUACAUAGCAUCGUAUAUGCAUAUAUAUAUAUCCUCAGG